UUCCCAUUCCCAACUGCCAUUCAACUUCUCAACGGGCCUACGAACUCCUGUACCACUCUGCUCAUUUCUCCCCAUCCUCCAUCUUGAUGGUCAUCCACUCAUAUCAACAGCCCCCCUCCUGUUUUUUUCUGAUAUUUGUACAUAUCUGUUUCUUGAAUUCUUGAAUAAUAUUUCACGACCAAAAUUCUUUAAGGAAAGUUCUUGCCUCCUUCGCAGGGGGGGAGGGACGAAUAAAAACAGACAAAAGAAGUUUGUUUUUGCUGAGAAAUGGAAGGUUCAGAGAAUUCCAAGAUAGAGAAUAGACAGAAAGUGAAGAUAGGUGAUGGCUCAGAACAAGUAGAGGUGCAAGAGGUUGAUUUUGGCGAAGUGAUCGAGCUCCCUCCAGAGCCAGCAGCUAUGCAUAACGAGCCAGUAAUUGUAGCUGAAGAAAAGAACACUAUGGAGCAAUCAGGAUCUUCUGAGGUAACUGUAGAGGAGAAAGGAGAGGAAAACCUGAGCGUUAUCUCUGAACCAGAGGCUACUGUGAGAGAGUUGGCGUUUUCCGAAUAUGGGCAGAAACAGGAUGGGGUUUCUGCCGUUGCAUCUGAAGCAGAAACAAAGACGCAGGAGGAGGCUCCAUUUCCAAUUUCAAGUACUAGUGUUGCGGAAUCAUCAGGUGUUCGAGAUUCAAUUAGCGAAAAAAAUGUUGUUGAAUUAUCAGAACCAGUAGCUGUUGUUCCUGGUGAUGCUACUAAUGGUGGUGGGGGUCGUGACUCAUCAGAAAAUCCCAGCAGCACUGACAGAGAGCCAGCUGCUGUUUUGACUCCUCACACGCGGACUUUUUGGACGAGCUGCUGUGGUUUAUUUGAUGCUCUGAGGGGCUCAAAUCGGUAAUUUUAGGUGAAUGACUUUUGGAAUCUGGAGGAGCAUUGUUGGUUGGUUUGCUACUUUGAUUUUGGGGAGUGCAGCGUGAGAUCCUAAAUUUUGAAUAUUUUUGACGUAGAAGAAGAAAGGUACAUCCACUCAGGAUACCAUCAGCCAUAGAGUUGUUUUCGUUCCUUAAAUGAUAAGACUUUAAAAGCUUUUUGUAAUUUCAUUAUCCUGCAACCGGAGCUUGAGCGUGCAGCCAAGAGUCUGUGCUAUGGUGAAGUUUCCUCUUGGUCUUGAGUGUUGCUCUGUAACCUGUGCUGAUUUAUUGUAAUUUUAUAUCUGAGAGCAAACUGUGAACAGGAACUGGAUAUUAUGGUAUGAUAGAAGUUGAUUCUUUCUUCACUUGGAUUA